CGCGCUGCGCGCCUCCCCGGUGAGUCCCGGGGCCCGGCCCCGCCCCCUCUUAAAGGGGCCGCCGCCGGGCGGGGUGUUGCUCACGCACCUAGUCCCGGGCCCGCUCCGUCCCGUCCGGCCGCCGGUGCAGGCCGCAGCCGCCCUCCCGGAGCCCGUUGCCCGGCAGACGUGAAGGCUGAGCGUCAGGACCCAGGCAGGUGCCCAGAAAUGGACUCCAGGAUGUGGCCCGCGCCGCUGACCUCGCGCCUCCUCCUGCCGCUGUGGCCGUUGCUCCUGCUGCCCCUCCCACCCCCGUCCCAGGGCUCCUCGUCCCCCUCUGCCCCCUCUGCCCCCUCUUCCCCGUCCCGAGCGGCCCCGGCUCCGGCCCGCCCGCCGUGCGCCCGGGGAGGCCCCUCGGCCCCUCGCCACGUGUGCGUGUGGGAACGGGCUCCGCCGCCCAGCCGGCCGCCCCGGCUCCCCCGCUCCCGGCGCCAGGCCUCGCCGGGCACCUCGCCCCCGGCCACCCCGUCGGGCUUCGAGGAGGGGCCGCCCUCGUCCCAGUACCCCUGGGCCAUCGUCUGGGGGCCCACGGUGUCUCGCGAGGACGGGGGCGACCCCAACUCGGCCAACCCCGGCUUCCUGCCUCUGGACUACGGCUUCGUGGCCCCGCACGGCCCGGCCACCCCGCACCCCAACUCUGACCCCCUGCGCCACGGAGCGGGCGGCAACGGCCUCAUUCUGGGAGAGGCUCCGGCCACCCUCCGGCCCUUCCUCUUCGGGACCCGAGGGGAAGGCGUGGACCCUCAACUGUACGUCACCAUCACCAUCUCCAUCAUUAUCGUCCUGGUGGCCACGGGCAUCAUCUUCAAGUUCUGCUGGGACCGCAGCCAGAAGCGUCGCCGGCGCCCGUCGGGGCAGGCGGGCCCGCUGUGGGCGGAGGACAGCCAGCAGCCCCUCACCGACCUCUCUCCGCCCGCCGUCACCGUCCUGGGCGCCUUCGGGGACUCGCCCCCGGACACCCCGGACCCCCCGGACCCCCCGCCGCCCCCGCCCCCGCCGCCGCCGCCCCCGCCAACGCACCCCAAGGGGCCUCCCGCCUUCCAGCUCAACCGGAUCCCCCUGGUGAACCUGUGACCGUCCGUCCCGGUGGGCGCCUGGGGCCCUCCCCGCCCCCCAUCGCCCCCCAGGCCGAGCAGGGGGGGCCCGGGAGCCCCCCCCCCCAUC